AUGGUGUCGCAAGCCCGUAGCUUCUCUUGUCUACUGCUGCUGCUAUGUGCCGCCUCGGCGUACGAAUACGAGACCAAAUGGUUCAGAGUGCCUCUCGACCACUUCGGCUACCAGCGCAACGAGACGUUCAACAUCAAAUACUUGGCGAACGAAGAUAGUUGGGACAAAGGCGGCGGGCCCAUCUUCUUCUACACCGGCAACGAGGGCCAAAUUGAAUUGUUCGCCAAGCACACUGGUUUCAUGUGGGACAUAGCGGAAGAGUUCAGUGCCAAAAUCGUAUUCGCGGAACACAGAUAUUACGGCGCGUCGAUGCCAUUCGGAAACAAAUCACUGGACAACGAGCACAUAGGUUACCUGACUUCAGCACAAGCUCUCGCCGACUAUGCCGAGUUGGUGGACUACCUUCAGAACGUAAACGGGAGCAACGAUAUAAAACCCCGAUACCCAGUCAUUGCCUUUGGAGGCUCUUACGGUGGAAUGUUGGCUGCCUAUUUCCGCAUGAAAUAUCCCCACCUGGUUGCCGGAGCUAUCGCCGCUUCCGCGCCCGUCCAUAUGUUUCCUGGAAUGUUACCCUGCGAGGUCUACCCCAGGAUAGUGACGUCCAGCUUCACAAUAGCUAAUAAAAAUUGCAAAGAAAACAUCAAAGACUCCUGGAGUAUCAUCAGAAACUUCACAAGUACGAAAAACAACACCGACUGGCUGAAGGGCGAGUGGAAACUGUGCGAUCCCGUCAAGGAUAAGGAGGAUGUUCAGUUGCUGAUCGAUUUCCUCCACUCGAUGUAUGAGACCCUAGCUAUGGUCAACUAUCCGUACGCCACGGACUUCCUGCUGCCACUGCCGGCGUACCCUGUGCGCACCGUGUGCCAGUACUUGGACAAGAAGUUGACCGGCAAAGAUCUAUUAACGGCCAUCGGAAAAGUUUUACAGGUAUUUACUAAUUAUGAAGGCAAAAAUAGUUGUGUAGAUUACAAGAAAGGCGACGAUUACGGCAACCUCGAUGCCAGUGGGUGGGAUUAUCAGGCUUGCACAGAAAUGGUGAUGCCGAUGUGCACAUCUGGCGUCGGCGAUAUGUUCGAGAACGAUCCAUGGAACUUCACCAAGUACUCUCAGGACUGCCACAAGAAAUACAAUGUGUACCCUCGGCCUGACGCAGCCAGACUAGAAUACGGUGGUGAUCGGCUUCAAGCCGCUUCUAAUAUUGUUUUUAGUAAUGGACUGUUGGACCCCUGGGCUGGAGGCGGCCUCUUAACUAGCAUCAGCGACACAGUAAAAGCCGUUGUAAUGAUUGAUACCGCGCAUCACCUAGAUCUGAUGCCCAAAAAUCCAAACGAUCCGGAUUCUGUGAUAAGCACACGCAACGAGCACAAAAGAAAUAUAGAAAGGUGGAUACAGAUCAAGCAGGAGAACCCGGGGCUCACGUGUGAAUCAUGUAACUGUUUCGUUCAUUUAUCCUGUCUGAAACGCCCCGGAACGCCGGGUGACUUCGCGUGUGAUGUUUUCUUCGAAUUUACAUGUGCAGAAUGUUCUGAAAACAGGGAAGAGAUUUUUAAUAGAAAGAGGUUCCUGUGGGUGAAUGUUCUGCUGCUUACACUUCAUCAUCUGGGUGUGCAAUUAUAUGGAAUCAGUAACAAUGGAUUUUUCCAUUACAAAACACACAUAUGUUCAUUCAUUGACCGCAACUGGGUUCUACUGUUUGGAACGAAUUUCAAGCAGAAGAAAAAUUGGGUGGGCACAAUUGCUGGUGCCCUCUCUGUAUACAACAAUACAUUCUUCAUGUCCGGUUCUGGGGCUUUGGGCGAGUCUGGAUGGUGGCGUCUGCUGCACUCUUUUUCACCGGCUGUUGCAGCUCACAUCAAUCAGGAGGUGUCCAAAGACAAAAUCAAGGGUCGCCCGCGUGGACACAUCACCGUUGACAAGGCGCUCUUCAUCUCCAAAGUCACCGAGUUGGGAUACAAGCACCUGAUAAAUGACCUAACCGCGCCUCAGCAGGCGGUCAACGAAGCAGUUCCAUUUAAGAAGAGAAGGUUCGACGUGGAACUCAGCGAGCCCUCUUGCUCUAACCAGGCCCAAGGAGUCGUAAUAAAGGAGGAGUUGGGUGAGGACGUAACGAUCGAGGAAAACGAGCUGUGCCCGGAGUUCCAGGACAGCUUCCCCGACGUGGACGGGCUGUUCCAGGGCUUCCCGUACAGCUCCGCACUGAUGCACCCGGCCCACGCGGACGACAAGUCCAAGUGGACGAGUGACUCGUCGAGUGUGCAGUCAUUGCAGCAAACCGCCUGCUACGACUCGGACUCGCAUAGCCCCAGUCGGAUCUCGCUCGACCAGCUCGACCACCUCGACCACGACCCACCAUUGCUACCGGCAGAGACCAAGAAAACAACAGAGACGCGACCCAAGAGAGAAGAGAAGGAAAAGCAGCCGCCCCCGAGACGGGAGUCUCUAUUCUCGAGCCAGCCCAACUCCUUGGAGCUUCCGUGGCUGAAUGAAGCGAAGACCCAAAGCCCUGGCGCUGACCUGGUUCCGUUGACGGAGUACGAGGAGGUGCAGCUGCUGAAGAAGGUAGAGGGCGCGCUGGUCAGGGCUCGCCGCCCCUCCGCAGCCGCCCAUCUGCACAGGUUCAGGGCCAAACUGGCGCUCAGACGGCUUAAACGGCAUAAGCACCUGCCAAUAUUUGAUCUGGACAAAGCCGUCAAAUUGCUGAGCGGCUACGCGACCGAGGAUCCCAGGGUGGUGAUGAACGCAGAGAGGGUCUUGGACAGGUUCCAAAGAUCGUACCUGCUGGACAACCUGAGCGGCACGGUGUCCUGCCAGCAGAGGGGCGCGGCGCUGGUUUCGAGCGGGGACUGCGCCCCCUUCCGCUCGCCCUACUCCGGGGUAGCGCUGAAGCCCUACAUCAGGAGGGACCAGGACUGCGCCCCCCUCUGGCUGAGGCUUACCGACGAGCUCCUAGCAAGGACGAACCGGCACGUGGCCGACUACCGGCCGCCGCGGCACGCAACCCUGGACUACUCGUACGUGAGGCCGCAGCACGUGGCGCCCGUCAACGCCCUACUGGCGCACUUCUUCUGGCCCGGCGUCGACAUAACCGAAGCACUCCAGCACCCUGAGUUCAGUUGCGUGGUGACGUACAAGAAGCUGGUGGUGGCGUGCGCCUUCCUAGUACCGGACGUCGGUCACAACGAGGCCUACAUAUCCUUCAUACUCACCAGACCCGAAUGGAGGAACGCCAAGAUCGCCACCUUCAUGCUCUACCACUUACUUCAGACAUGUACAGGCAAAGAUGUAACUCUACAUGUUUCACCAACAAAUCCAGCAAUAUUCCUCUAUCAAAAAUUUGGUUUUAAGGUUGAGGAGCUAAUACAAGAUUUUUACGAGAAGAGUAAUUGUCUAUUCAAGAAAAUGGGAAAGGAUUAUUACAAAAUUUUGGGACUGGCGAAAGGCGCUUCAGACGAUGAAAUAAAGAAGGCCUAUCGUAAGUUAGCGCUUAAGUACCAUCCAGACAAGAACAAAGCACCAGGGGCAGAAGAAAGGUUCAAGGAAGUCGCUGAAGCGUACGAAGUGCUAUCAGACAAAAAGAAACGAGAAAUCUACGAUGCGCACGGUGAGGAAGGCUUGAAAGGCGGUAUGGGCGGCCAGAACGGACCAGGUGGCGGCCAGUCGUUCUCUUACACGUUUCACGGAGAUCCACGAGCCACGUUUGCACAAUUCUUCGGCUCGGCGAGUCCCUUCCAGGCCUUCUUUGACCUUAACGGCGGCUCCGGUGGCACCACGAUGUUCUUCGACCGUGACAUGGACGUCGAUAUGGAUCCCUUCGCAAACAUGGGCAUGGGACAGGCAAGACCGGGUGGGCCCGGAGGCGCCUUCCGUAGUCAUAGUUUCAACUUCCACGGCUCUCCUAACAGGAAGGAGAAGACCCAGGACCCGCCAAUCGAACACGACCUCUAUGUGUCUCUGGAAGAUAUUGCGCGCGGCUGCGUGAAGAAGAUGAAGAUCUCCCGCCGUGUCAUACAGCCUGAUGGCACAUCUAAGAAGGAGGACAAAGUGCUGACUAUACAUGUAAAGCCCGGUUGGAAGGCUGGUACUAAGAUCACUUUCCAAAAGGAAGGUGACCAGGGCCGGAAUAAAAUACCAGCUGACAUUGUGUUCAUUAUUAGAGACAAACCCAAUCCACAGUUCAAGAGAGAAGGCAGUGAUAUUAGGUACACAGCGAAAAUCUCACUCAAACAGGCUCUAUGUGGCACAGUCAUCACGGUACCAACAAUGUCUGGUGAAAAGCUGACUGUUAAUCUCCAAGGUGAGGUUGUUAAACCACAUACAGUGAAACGGUUCCCAGGAUAUGGGCUACCAUUCCCAAAGGAGCCAACACGGAAAGGAGACCUGCUUGUUGCAUUUGACAUCAAAUUCCCAGAUCGGUUAAGUUCAGGUGUGAAAGAAAUACUCAUGGACACAUUACCAAAC